GUGGCCAAUCCGAACACAAGCGCUAUAGUUAAACAAACCUGCAGCACCUGCAAAGUGAUAAAAACAAAAAGAAAAUGAAUCCAGAAUUGGAAAUUCGCAAAAUGCCGAUCCAGGCGAGAUCCCGACUUUCGGCUAUGUUAGAUGUUAAUAACAGUUGGAAAAUUUUAAUGGGAGCUAUCCCUAAAUCCGCUGAAAACGGAGAAACAAAGAAGUAUUCGUCGGAAGAUGUCAGGUUGAUUGAGAAUGAAGCUAAACGACAAAUUAAGCCUGCUUUUGAGAUUCUUAUUGAUGAAUGGGGAACCAGUGGCAAAAAAAGGCCAACUAUUCAAGAGCUUAUUCAGCUACUUGUCAAGUUGGAAUUAUAUCAAGCGGCAGAUUACCUAUCUGAGGAUCUUCUUGAAGGUAGUCCUCUAGAAAGGCCUACUAAUGGUCCAUCAGCAAUUGUACCCUCCAACAUUGCUGACAUAAAUUUGGCUCAAAGCAAUACAUUUGAUUUAAUUGAUCAAACAAUAUUGGAGGCAACCAAUGAACACCUAAAAUGUUUUCAGCAGAAAAAGAUUCCUUCACAGACCCCGUUUGAAGAUUUUAACACUAUAUUGCCACAUUUACCGUAUACUGAUCUAGAAUAUUUGACUAACGACUUUGACCAGAAUCCAGUUUCCAAUGGUCGAAAACUAGGUGCUGGGGCAUUUGGCACAGUGUUUCUUGGUAUGCUACAAGAAAAUCAACGUUUAGACAGUAGAGGCAUUCAGAUCUAUCAAAAAUUGAAACUACCUAUUCAAACUAAAGUAGCUGUAAAAAGACUCCACAAUCAAAAGGCAGAUGUAGACAUUGACAUAAAUCGACUUUUCCGAACAGAAGUAGAAACAAUGUCCAAAUAUGUACAUGAAAACUUGUUAGCUCUUCUAGCGUAUUCCGCAGAUGGACCGGACUGCUGUCUUGUUUACCCAUUUAUUCCGAAUGGAUCACUAGAAGCUCGAUUAGCUUGCGAGGGAGGAACUUCUCCAUUACAAUGGAAUCAAAGACUUGACGUCGCGCAUGGCGUAGCAAAAGCGCUAAUUUAUUUGCACACGGGAAGAGCCCAACCGCUUGUUCAUCGAGACGUUAAAAGUGCCAACAUUCUCCUUGAUCAUGACAUGAAGGCAAAACUAGGAGAUUUUGGCCUUAUCCGAAUCGGUGCUACUGGGCGAGGUUCCAAAAGUAUAGCUUUCACAUCGAACGUUUUAGGAACUUCAGCGUAUAUGGCUCCAGAAGCUUUUCGGGGUGAUAUUUCGGUGAAACUUGAUACCUUUAGCUUCGGAGUGAUCAUCUUGGAAUUGCUCACCGGCCUUCCACCUUAUGAUGAAGAACGAGAUGGCAACGACUUGAUUUCACAUGUUGACUCAGCUCUGGAUGAUACCAACUUCAUUCAAUUAUUAGAUCCUAAAAUAGUUCCACUGCCAGAGAACAUGGCUUCAACUUUACAUUCUAUAGCGUUAUCUUGCAUUCAAGAAAAGAAACGGAGGCCAUUUAUGACGCAAGUAUAUACUGAACUCCUGCAAAUUGACCAGUCUGCACUUAUUUCACUGUCAAAUUAGAACACUUGUCAAUAAAAUACCAUUGAAACUUU